AAAAGGAGAGAAGAAGAAAAGGAAAUGGAGAAAAGGAGAGAGGAAGAAAAGGAGAGAGGCGGAAAAAAUAAAACAAAAGAAAAGGACUUACUUUGUGUGCUUUACAGCUGCAACUUGGAUGUGGUUGAUUUCAACGAGGUG